AGAAAACCCCCCUCGCAAAACCCUGCGCUAAUUCCUGCUGUCGUCCUCCCGCUUCUUCCAUGCUAAACCUCAAACCCUAAUCGAAUCUUUAUCCUUCAACAAUGUACUCCGUAAUUCGGACUCGAUCGCGAAUUUUUUCACUAAUUUCGAAAUCUAACGGUCGUCGAGUAUCUUAUUCAAGUUACGCUAAUGAGCCACAUCGGGAUCCAGAAUUCAUUUCCGCAUCUUCUUUGUACCGCGAUCCGCCUCCCGCAGGUUCCUCUCCGCCGCCGCCUCCUCCUCCCCCCGAGGUUGCCGAGAAGAAAUCCUGGGGUUUUAUGAAGUUCGGCCUGUUUGCCGCUAUCACCGGUGGCGUUGCCACUGCUGGCUAUGCCUCAUAUGCAUAUACUCUUGAAGAGGUUGCGGAGAAAACAGAGGCUUUGAGGGCUUAUACAAACUACACUGUCAAGGAUGAUGCACCUACUCUUGAUAAAUUGAAAGGAUUGCUGAUCUCAGGUGGAAUGACAGUGCCUGCUAAAUUAGUUGAAUUCUACUUGGAUCUACGGAGGUUGGCUGAAGAUCAGAUUCGAGAUUUUUCUGAACCACCAUCUGAUAAGCUACUACCAGACAUGCUGCCUGAAGAAAACCAGGCGCGCGUGCUCACUCUUGUUCUGGAUUUGAAUGAGACUCUAGUAUAUUCUGAUUGGAAGCGUGACAGGGGUUGGAGAACAUUUAAAAGACCUGGUGUUGAUGCCUUCUUAGAACAUGUUUCGCAAUUUUUCGAAGUCAUUGUAUACUCUGACCAAAUGAGUAUGUUUGUGGACCCUGUGGUUCAGAGAUUAGACCCACAGCAAACAAUAUUCAGACAGAAGCUAGAUAGAGUUUCAACUAGAUAUAUUAAGGGAAAGCACUAUAGAGACCUCUCAAUGCUGAACAGGGAUCCCUCCAGAAUUAUUUAUAUGAGUGCUCAUGCAGCAGAAACUACCCUUCAACCAGAAAAUGCUGUACAAGUAAAACCAUGGAAGGGUGAAACGGAAGACACAGCACUUCUAGAUCUAAUUCCAUUUCUUGAAUAUGUUGCUAAGGUGAGACCACCUGAUAUUCGAGCUGUCUUAGCUUCAUACAAAGGGGAUGAUGUUGGUAAAGAGUUCAUUCAACGCUCCAAAGAGCAUCAGAGACGGAUGCAAGAGCAGAAACGUAGGUUCUGGCAACGCUAAGGAACACGGUUGGAAUUUAUUGGAAGUGAGUAUUUGUCGGAUUAUGACUGCUGAUGAGAUACUAGUCAGUCCGUUGUGUAGUUCAUUUCAGCUCGCUUGAUGAUUAUUAAGACGAUAGUCUAUCAUCCCUAUGAUUUUAGUCCAUGUGGCAAGUAGAAACUUGUACGCAUUUUUGAAGGCUGCAGCAUCAUGGGGACACAUCUGACCGAUGAUUAUUGUCAAUUUUGAGGGGUUUAGGAAAAAGGGUGGUGGUCGUGGUUUGGGGUAUGAAGAGUUGAAUAUAGAAUGCAAGCAAAUAUAGAAAAAGGAGCGGAGGGUAGAAAGAAAAGCAGAGAAAUUGCACCACCGGACUUUCAGCUGCAGAGGAAAUAUCUUCUUCUUUGUUGGUGGGAGAAAGUAAUUCUUCGCGGGUCCUCUCCAUAGGGCACUGUUGUUCGUAAUGUUUCAUUUUGAUUUUCUGUUAACUGUGGAGGAACGGGUGACGGGGCCUGCUAGGCUUUACUUUCAAGAGAUCCGGAGGAAAGAACACUAAGCUCGGCACCAACACGUAUAUUACCUGCCACUGUUUUUUAACGGGUUUACUAACAUUACUUGCAUAUGGAGUCACAUAAUUGCCAAUUGAAUUUGCAUA